AUGUCGAAACCCUCCCUCGAAACGCAGCGGGCAGCCAUCCAUGCAUACCUCGUCGCCCUUGACGCUGAAGCUAUGCAGACGGUGGACCAGAUCUGGAUUGUCCUCCCGCUUGACGAGGCGUUGGCGGCCACCGAAUCAACCCGACGAGAUCUGCGUAGACGGCGCGAAGCUGCGCUCAAACUAUUACACGCGCUCGACUCACCAGCGCCGCCAUCUAAGCGCCUUCCGCGGUCAUCCUUAUCCUCAACCUAG